AAUUGUCUAUAGUGUCUUUGUAUUCUGGGCUUAUCCCAGUGCAGAUAUCAUUCCUGUUGCCCUAUACGUAUGAAGGAUGAAUGGCAUAAGAGAAAUUUUUGAUACUGGAAUCCGGCAGAACAUUUUCACGAUGCUCUCCCGGAAAGGGAAUAUCAUUGGCAAAGGAAAAAGGCGGAUUGGUAUCCUCAUUUCUUUUAUCGUACUUUCUUUUUUCUCCUUUACUUGGUAUUGGUCAAAUGAAGGCAAGUGCAAUCCCUUUACUGCAUACUCAUGCUGGACUGGAAUGCCGUACGAUCAGCCAAAUCCCUUCAGGCCUUCGAAAGUUGGUUUCAUGGUAUUAACCCCUUGGCUGGCCCCAAUCAUUUUUGAUGGCACCUACAACCUUGAUGUUCUGAAUGCACAGUUCCACCAGAGAGGUGUCCGCGUUGGUCUUACAGUGUUUGCAGUCAGAAAAUACAACAUUUUUGUCAAGAGUUUAAUUGAAACUGCUGAACAAUUUUUCAUGGCGGGUCACAAGGUCAAUUAUUACGUAUUUACGGAUGAUGUCCGAGCCAUUCCUAAAAUCAUGGUGAAGGAGGGGAGGAGCCUGGUGAUCCUGAAAAUCUCAGGCUACAAACGCUGGCAGGACAUCACCAUGAGGCGCAUGCAAUUUAUUCAUGACUAUAUUGCUGAGAGGUUGAUCAAUGAGGUUGACUACCUGGCUUGUUUGGAUGCUGAUAUGAAGUUCACAGAUAAUGUGGGUGUAGAGAUAUUAGGAGAUUUGGUUGGAGUCAUACAUCAUGGCUACUUUGGAAAACCACGUAUAGAAUUCCCCAAUGAGCGUAGGAAUAAGUCUGAAGCCUACAUUCCUGUUGACACGGGGGACUUUUACUACACAGGGUGUUUCUUUGGAGGGAGGGUAGAAGAGGUCUACAAACUGACCAACUUCUGCCACAAUGCUAUGAUGGAAGACAAGGAAAAAAACAUUGAGGCAAUAUGGCACGAUGAAAGUUAUUUGAACAAAUAUUUCCUGUAUCACAAACCAACCAAACUGCUCUCCCCUGAGUAUGCAUCGAAUGACAAUGGCCCAACCUAUGUUAUAAAAAGAAAAAAGAUCAUUCAUGUCCCAAAAAAUUACAGAGUCAUCCGAAACUGACCAGGAGUUGAGAACAAAAGGAGAUAAUACCCAGAGAAUAAUCCAAGACCCAUUGAGACCAUAAAGAGAAAAUACCCAGAGGAUUAUCCAGAUGGACCUGAAAAAUAUUUUUAAAAAUUCUCUUUUUUUAUGGAUCCGAACUUUGUUUUACAGAAUCGUUAGGAUGUAAACAUUGUCCACUCUCUUUCAAAGACUGAAAUAUGAAAAAUUAUAAGCAUGUUUAUGGUGAUGGGUUGUUGUAUUGACACAUUUAUAAAGCUAAAUCUAGAUAAUA